UAAACAAGAGGUCAAACUGCUGAAAAGCCAGAGCUAGACCCAGCAAUGGACUAACGAGGUGUGCAGCAAGAUGGGUUGAGAGCACAGUUGCCUUAUUCCACCUUCUUUGCUUCGGAGAGCACUAUCUAAAUGGGUUUGUCAAGUUGGCGAAGAAGAACAGACAACCUCUGGUGGAGUUUCUGUUUUCUGUUUUCAACAAGUGCUGGCUGAGGUGAAACUUCCUGCAUCUGAGGAGCAUGUAUAAAAGGAAUGAUCUCAUGGCCAAUGUGAUGGUCACCUCCGCCACUCCAGAGGGUAGUAGCAGCUCAGAUUCUCUGGAAGGGCGAAGUUCAGAUUAUGCCAAUAAAAGCUAUGAUGCAGUUGUAUUUGAUGUGUUGAAAGUAACUCCUGAGGAGUUUGCUAGCCAGAUAACGUUGAUGGAUAUGCCAGUCUUUAAAGCUAUACAGCCUGAGGAACUAGCCAGCUGUGGAUGGAAUAAGAAAGAAAAACACACCCUCGCUCCAAAUAUUGUUGCCUUUACUAGAAGGUUUAACCAGGUCAGUUUUUGGGUUGUACGAGAAAUAUUAACAGCACAGACCUUAAAAAUAAGGGCAGAAAUACUGAGCCAUUUUGUGAAAAUAGCUAAAAAGCUUCUGGAGCUGAAUAAUCUUCAUUCUCUUAUGUCUGUGGUCUCAGCACUGCAAAGUGCACCUAUCUUCAGGCUGACCAAAACUUGGGCUCUUUUGAAUCGGAAAGACAAGACCACCUUUGAGAAGUUAGACUAUUUACUGUCUAAGGAAGAUAAUUAUAAAAGGACACGAGAGUAUAUCAGAAGCUUAAAAAUGGUUCCUACAAUUCCAUAUUUAGGAAUUUAUCUCUUGGAUUUAAUCUACAUUGAUUCUGCAUAUCCUGCUUCAGACAGCAUAAUGGAGAAUGAACAAAGAUCAAAUCAAAUGAACAACAUUCUCCGAAUAAUAGCUGAUCUGCAAGUAUCCUGCAACUAUGAUUAUCUCACAACACUUCCCCAUGUGCAAAAGUAUUUGAAGUCUGUCCAUUACAUUGAAGAACUUCAGAAAUUUGUAGAAGAUGACAAUUACAAAUUAUCUUUAAGAAUUGAACCAGGUAACAGCUCUCCUCGACUGGUUUCCUCCAAAGAAGAUCUUGCAGGUCCAUCUGACAUGUCAGCAAUUAUGAAAUUCAGCAGGAGACCCACAUGUCCUGAUGCCUCAGUAGCAGCAAGUCUACCUACACCUCCUGUACCAAGGCACCGGAAGAGUCACAGCCUGGGAAACAAUAUGAUGUGUCAGUUGAGUGUCGUGGAGAGCAAAAGCGCCACCUUCCCGACUGAGCGGCCAAGACACCUGCUGGACGACAGCGUCCUGGAGAGCCACAGCCCCGCGCCAGGCCCCGCGGCCGGGGCCCGCCUGGCCAACGGCCUCUCCAUAGAUAGCAGUGAAAGCUCAGAAUUUAGUGAGGAGCUGCCGUCAGGGCUUGAAAGGGGUCGUUUAUAUGCCACGCUGGGGCCUAACUGGAGGGUACCCAUCCGGAAUUCUCCUCGGAGUCGAAGCUGUGUCUACAGCCCAACGGGUGCGUGCAGCUGCACAGCAGGUGGUUCCACAGGGGUCAUUACCAUGGAAGGGCCUUUAAGAAGAAAAACACUGCUCAAAGAAGGCAAGAAACCUACUCUGUCCUCAUGGACUAGAUACUGGGUCAUGCUUUCAGGAUCAACUCUUCUCUACUUCGGAGCGAAAGCUUUAAGAGGCACUGAAAGAAAACAUUAUAAAUCUACACCUGGGAAAAAAGUCUCCAUUGUGGGCUGGAUGGUGGCACUGCCUGACGACCCAGAGCAUCCUGAUAUUUUCCAGCUAAAUAACCCUGACAAAGGCAAUGUUUACAAGUUUCAGACUGGCUCAAGGUUUCAUGCAAUAUUAUGGCAUAAACAUUUGGAUGACGCAUGCAAAAGCAACAAGCCUCAGGAUUGCACAGAGGAGAAAUUGGCAAGUUAGCCUGUAGCUUACAAACCAGGAGCGCCGUGGAAGUCAGUUUAAAUGAGCAGAACCUCUACUAGAUCAAGCUCCCUGGCAUUAGCAGUAUGUAUUCUGUGGACAUCCAUGAUAUUCAAUGUUUUUAUUUUGAAACUUCUUUAGCAACAAGGAGAAAAAAAUACCUAUAUUGUUAAAUGUAGGUCAAACGUAAAUAUUUUGUUCUUUUAAGAGUUCAUGUUACAAUCCUGAAAGUCUAAUACAUACCAGCUUUUCAAGAAGACCAGUUCCUGAUGACAGCUGCAUUUAGAUCCUGGGACAUGGGAAAGUGUAUGUAAAGUUGACAACUGAGGAAAUGUGUGAAAAGAGUAGUAAUGCAAAAUGUAUUUGUAUCGUGUUUCUCUUUUUUUGCUAACUUAAGACAACUGUGAACUUUUAGGAAAAACAUGGUUAUCUGCAUGGGCAGAGCAUCUAAUGUCGUUCAAGAUGGUGUAGAAGCUUUUGAAUGUGGUAACAUCCUGUCACCAGUAAAGGACUUCAGACUGUUAGACUGUGAUAUAGUCUGAAUCAUUAUGCACGUGUGGAUCUUUGUGAUUAGUCAUCAAUGACAUUAAACAUCUUUUCAGUAUAGCACAAUUGUGAAAUUGCUGCAGAGUAUUGAGAAAUUCGGAUUGAUGGCAAUGAAGGAAUACUGAUGGGAGUGAAAGAAUCCUAGGAAAAUAUCUUUAAACCAUUUUUAAGAUAGUCUUUAAGUAUUAAACAGGUCGUAGCUACUGAUUAGAGGUGUUAUGAUGCUGUUUGGUACCAUUUGCUAUUACCUGGUACUUCUAUGGUUCAUUGAAAGCUGCUAUUGAAAUACAAUAUGUUGCCUAUCACUACUGAUUAUUACAGCAUUUUCACAAAAAAUAUCACAAACAGUACAAGUUUUCCUCCAUCAAAGAGAACAACUUUAAUAGUUGUGUAAAAGUAAACAUUAUGUCAUAAUUACUAUUUUCAGAAUUGUGAAGAUAUUUAUAAUAAAGUGUAGCUAAUAUUAUUAGUUUAUUAAAUGUGCAAUUUUGAUGUAAUUCAGUGCCAAAAUGCAUGUUUUUUCCAAAUAGCACUAAAAUGAGGCAAAGAAACUAGUUUUCAAAUUGAGACUGACUUACCACGUUAUAAUGUUAAUCAAUUUCAACAUUUUGGUUUAUUUUGUGUGGAAACUGUUGCACUAUUUUUGGCUGUGUUUUCCAGCAGUCCACUGCAUGCCAUUUGUGUAAAGGAUUCUUUCUAUAAUUCUUGUGAACUGUCUCACCUGUAAGAACUCUGGCCUUGGAAUCUAGGUUUUUGGAAAAGUAUUUUGUUACCUCAGUCUUGUAUCAAGUUGCUGCAUUUUUCAGUUUGUUACAUUGAUAAUAAUGAUUGUUUUGCUAAUUAAAUACUUUAAUGUAAAAAAGUUUGUUUACUCCAACAGUAAUAGCAUUUGGUUGUAAGUUUAAAAAUGUGCAGGGUAUGUAUGCUGUUGACAAUAAAAUAUUCUGAAAAAGAAUAGUAGAGGUGGAGAAGGAAUGUUUUCGCUCAAAGGCAGCAUACAUGUUUUAUUUGUGCAUGAAAGGUAAUAUAAUUGAACAGACUUUAUAGAGCACAGUGUCUAGCCUUCUAGUAGUCUAAAUACAACAGAAUCAACAUUUCUAGGAUAAAACUGAA